AUGUUAUUCAAGAACACCGUUUUAUUAGGUUUAGCCGCCUCUGUUGCCUCAGCUUUGUACAACAACCAAUCCAAUCCAGUCACUGCUACUUCCCAAGGUACAGUCACUUUGGCACCAAAGUACACUGUCGAACCUGUUGAAAAUGUUUUGACCUAUAAGGAUGACACCACUACCUUCUUUGUCACUUCUACCACUUAUAAGACAAUUUGGUUAGGUUCCUCCUCCGGUGAUUCAGCUCAAACUGCUGUUGAACAACAAGCCCAGGCUCAAGCUCAAGCCCCUGUCACUCAAGACAAUAAGGCUGCUGCUGUCAGUGCCUCUUCAAUUGACACUGACACUGAAACAACUUCUACCCAAACUACCACCGUCUAUGUUACCUUGACAUCUUCAGGUGUUACCGUUGGUAAAUCACCAAUUGUUACCUCUUCAGCUGACAGUGAUAUUAAGAACUUGAACAAGAAUGCUGAUAUCGACGCCUUAUCUUCAAGUAAUUCUUCCAUUUCUUCAAACACUACCUCCGCUGUCGCUGCCUGUGUCCCAGUAACAAAAUAUGUUACUAUUUCAGCUGAACCAAUCACCAAGUAUAUUACUGUUACUGCUCAACCAUCUUCUCGCUUCUCAAGAUUCUCUAACUCUUCGAGCUCUAGUGCGAUCUGGUCCAACACCACUUCUCUACAUUAA